AUGUCGGAAUCUGUGUUUGAAUUGAAAUCUCCGAAACUUUCGUUCAAUUCUUCGGCUUUUUUCGAUCCCAAAACUCACCCGACGAUCAAUGACCAGGUGUUUUUGUGUCGAGAAAUCGCGAAACAAUUGGUUUCCGACGAAACGAACGCCAAAUCCAAAGGGCGAGAAAUGUUUGAGAAAAGAGUGGAAAAGUCGUACAAUUGGGUGACGACAGGAGACGACGGCGACGACGACGUGACGUCGCGCCGGACGACAAUCAGCGAAGGUCCGCCCAAUCUGCGCCUCGUUCUGGACCCGAGACACGUGCAGCGAAUCCUCCUUUUGAUUGUUGUCUCGUUGUAUGCCUUGAGGCGAAAGGAAGUCAAUAAUAACGGAAUGAGCGCUACUGGAGAACAGGUGGAGAGCGAGAGGUGA